AUGACACAACGCAAGACACCAAAGCUCUACCAGAAGCAUAUCCUAAUCAUUGGUGGCUCAUCAGGCUUGGGAUAUGCCGUAGCAGAGCUCUCUCUUGAGUCUAGUGCCAAGGUCACCAUAUCAUCAUCUUCGCCUAAGAGAAUAGAGACUGCUGUCUCUAAGUUGAAAGAAGCAUUUCCUGACGCGGAAGUCAAUGGACACGCGUGUGAUUUAAGUGGCGAGGAUGUAGAAAGCCACAUUGUGGAGCUGUUCGAGAAAGUUGGAAAGGUCGAUCAUGUGGUAUUCACAGCAGGGGACGCCUUGGCAUCGAUGAAGAUAUCAGAAAUUGACCUGAAAAAAAUACAAACCGCUGGGCAAAUAAGGUUCUUCGCGCCAUUGCUAGUUGCAAAGCAUGCCGCAAAAUAUCUUUCUCCCGGCCCAGAAUCGAGUAUCAUUCUAACAACAGGGACUGUUGGUGAUCAUCCAAUCCCAGACUGGAGUGUGAUUGCCGGCUAUGCCGCUGGUUUGCAUGGCAUGACGCGAAAUUUAGCAGUUGACCUGAAGCCAAUCAGGGUCAACUGUGUCAGUCCUGGAGCUGUAGAGACAGAACUAUGGGACAACAUGCAAAAGACAGCGAAAGAAACCAUGAUGAAUCAAAUCGCAGCUAAGGUGCCAACGGGUAGGAUUGGGCGACCCGAAGACGGUAAGUGA